AUGUUAUCUAGAAUACUUCUUAGACCUCGUCUUUUGACGGUUCAUAGUUUGAGAACGAAUAGUUUGUGUUAUUCCAGACGUUUAUUGAGUAAUUCGGUUUAUAGAUUAAACGAGAAUAAACCUACCUCUUCUGAAGCGCUGGAGGAUGCAGCAACUCCUAGAAAGAGGCCUUUAAGUAGAGUUGCUAUUGGCGGAGUUCAGGAACCUGAUAAGAAGUUUGCUGGCGGAAAUAGUGUGGAAUUUGCUGCUUGGAAGGCUAUUGUUUUAUUAUUAGUACUUGGUGGAGGUGUAACUUAUUGGUUUAGUACAGAGAAAGAGAGAUUGAGAAUUCAGAAGGAAACCGAAGCCAAAAGGGGAUAUGGUAAGCCUUUAAUUGGGGGUAAUUUCAAUUUAAUUGAUACAGAAGAAAAUGCAUUUACUCAGGAGAACUUGAAGAACGAUCAAAAGAAGUUUUCCAUUAUUUACUUUGGGUUUACUCAUUGUCCAGAUGUUUGCCCUGAUGAGUUAGAUAAGUUGGGAGUUAUGUUAGAUGAAUUGAAGGAAAAGGAUAAUAUUGAAUUACAACCGAUUUUCAUUACGUGUGAUCCUGCCAGAGAUUCUCCAGAAAUCAUUAAGGAAUACUUGAGCGACUUCCAUCCUUCAAUUAUUGGUUUGACAGGUCCUUACGAAAAUGUCAAGAACGCUUGCAAGAAAUAUAGAGUUUACUUCUCGACUCCGCCAGAUGUUAAGCCAGGUCAAGACUACUUAGUCGAUCACUCGAUUUUCUUUUAUUUAAUGGACUCUGAAGGUAAUUUUGUUGACGUUAUUGGAAGAGAAGCGGAGGCUGAGGAAGGAGCUGAAAAAAUUAGAACCCAUAUUGAUGCGUUUGUUCCAGCAGCUGAAAGAGAAGCUAGAAAAGAAUCGUGGUUAAGCUUUCUUUAUAAAUAG